UCAUAGGAAGGACUGUAAUAGAAUGAGUACUAGUACGCUAACCUGCUAACACAACAACAAUCUUAAGUUCUUUUUGUUUUCUGCUCAGGUUUGUAGAUUUAUGAUUUCCCGUAGACAAAAGCGAGUAUGGAAAUACGUAGAGGAGGGUAGCCUGCUGAAGCUGAAGUCAUACCUCAAGAAGCACUGCGAGGUGGACAUAAACUUCUCCCAGGGCCGCAGGCAGAGGAGUCCGCUGCACCUGGCCUGCUGCCGGGGGAAUGACGCUGUUCUACGACUGCUUCUCAGACAUGGCGCUGGAGUUUUGCUAAAGGAUCGUAAAGGAGAUACAGCUUUACACGUCGCUGCCAACAGAACACUGAAGUACGGGAAAACUGCCUAUGACGAUCUAGUCCUGCCUCUGCAGAGGAACUGUCCAGAAGCCAUGUAUGUUCCCAAUAGAGCAGGAGUUACACCAGAGGAUCUUCUCAAAUGGAUGAAACACUCAGAGCCAAAUGCUAGCACCAGCCAUCAGACGGCAAAAGAUCCAGAGAAAGAAUGGAUGGAGAAGCUGUUUGAUGAAUGUGAAGAUGAAUUCUUUGAAACCUUUGGUGUAUAUGAUGCCGAUGACUUUCUUCCUGUUGAUGAAGAAGAUGAAGAUUUUGGAGACUGGGCAGACCGUAUCAGAAAAGAAUAUUUUGACAAAAAGCAUGCUGAAGCUCAAAGACUUGCAGCAUCAUGUUCAAGAUCAAAAAGAAGAAAAACUAAAGAAGAGAGGCAGCAAGAGGAGAAAAGUCACAAAGAACAUCUUAAGAGGCUGCAGAGGGAUCAUGAGGAGUAUUUGUCUCAGGCCACUCGAAAAGAGGAUGAAGUGCAACAAGGCAAGAAACGACGCUAUGAAGAACGCUGUGCAGCAACUUUUGAGGCUUCCUCCUCCAAAGCUGACACUAAGCUGUGCUAUAGCGACAUCCCCUGGCCAGCCCCACAAGGCACUGUUCAAGAGAUGGUUGAUGUUAUGUUACACGGUGUUGACAGGAAAGAUACAGCUGCCUUUCGUAAAGUUCUUAAGAAACAACAGACUCUUUGGCAUCCAGACAAGUUUACUCAAAGAUGUGCUACUCGGCUGGUAGAGAAGGAUAGGCAGCGCAUCCUAGAUACUGUAACUGCUCUGUCCCAGGCGCUGAACAGCCUGGCCCAAAGUCUUAAAACAUAAUUAAAGGGUUUCAGAGGAGAGACAAUUAAAAUGUUAGGAACAAAGGCAUUAGUUUCAUAGCAAACUAUACAAGCAUAGACUCUAUUGUGUGUACAUGUUUAUGUAUCAGUAUUGAGUGAAUGUAUUUAUUUUGUAUUUAAUUGUUUGUAUUUUACGUCUCAGUAAUUAAACUAUUGACAUUGCUGCUGA